UCGGUAAGUGGCAACAUAAACAGCAGCCCUGUGACUGAUAACGACAGACUGUUCGUGAAUGCAUUUUAACAGAGUGUUAUAUCAUAAUGUAGGCUACUAGUUUUAUAUAACACUUUUAGUAGCAUUAUUCUGCUGUGCAGUAAUGUUGAAGGGACACACAGUAGCUGGAUACCGUGGAGCUAUCAGCUUCAUAUUGAUAGAUAGAUAGAUAGAUAAAUAGCAGCACAGACACAUGGAUGACUAAUGUGUUUGACCAAAAACAAGGCAAUAAAAACUCCACAGAGCAAACAAAGAGUAAAAAAAGACCUAACAGCCUAACAGGCAGCAGUAAUAAAUAAUCAUAAAGCACUUAACGUCACUGAAAAGCUUCACUGCAGCAGGCACAAAGGACCUCAAUUGUUCUGUUCAACAUCUUAAUUAUUGAAUUUGUCUCCUCCAGCAGUCCACAAAGGAUGACCUAUAGAGUUAAUCUUGCACGACCUAUGUUGUUUUGUCCAGGUAUAAGUAAGGAUUUGUGCUUAUCUCAAAAAAAUACAGCACAGGACAGCUGUGGACACGACAUUUGUGUUGUUGGGAGAAAGCCGGGGGCGGCAAGGGAGUUUAUAGGAACCCAGCAGCUCCCUGGGGCCCCCUAAGAGGAUAACCAUAUGUAAGGACAGUAGAGGAAGGAUUGCAUCUAUUCUGUGUUGCAGCAGAUAUGUAGGUGUUUACACUUAAACAGUCUGAUACCACCAAGGAAUGUGAGACAGUUAAUCCCAUGCAACAAAAACUAAAUAUCACAAUGUCACCACGGUGUCAUGCCGUAACAAUCAAGAUGGUGCCAGCUGUCUUGUGGGUUUUGGUGAGGCUCAUCUUGUGAUUGUUAGUAGCAUAUAUUUUAGUCUUCUUCCUAAAUUUGUUGCUUUUUGUUAAGGAGUUCCAAUUAGAUGAUCUUAUACUAUGAUCACCUUCUUAUCAACAUUCUGUAGUUAAAAAAACAAAACAAUGAUGUUGGAAAUAAUCAAUUCAGGCUCAUAUACAAACAUCUGGUUCAGUCAUUGAAUAUUUCCUUCACCACCAGAUGAGACAGUGCAGAAUUUUAAUACCAUGUUUGCUGUAAUUCAGGUUGGAAAGGGCAUUUUUCUUUGCUUAUCUGAUUCUAUAUGCAUGUGAAUGUUUGUUGUCAAAAUUAGGUUUUGCUGUCUUUCAUAUUUCACAUAUUAUCUACUGUACAGUACACACUGUCAAGAUAAUACAGCUUACAUAGUGUUGAAGUAUAUCUGCAGCUAGUCUUUAUAUACAUUUCAUGUGCUUUUCUCUCAGUGGUACUCCCUCUUGACUGUGGAGUUUAAAAAAGACACUGUAAUAGGUCAUUAUUAUAUUCCUCUUUCUUUUCCCAUGUUGUUAUAUUGUGUCUUUGUCUCACCUUUUUUUUUCUUUUUCUUUGCCCCGCUUUUCUUCAACCUGACCCAGGUAACUACACCUCUCCAUGACAGGAAUGUUAUAUAUGGAGGAGCGAGUCUCAGCAGGUUGGCGUAGCUUGUAUUUAAAUGCAUGUUUGAGUUAAAUUAAUGUGCAUCCAUCAUCACAGCCGCAAUGUCGCACUGUGUAACAUCUGGGGCAGGUCGGGGUUAUCGAGUUCCCUCAGGCAACUUUUAUAAAAAUUUAGUUCAUUCAUAAGUAUCGGUUCGAUUCUUGUGAAUGAGUGUGUUUUAUUAACCUUACGACAGUUCAACUAGUAUAAUUCUGUACGAUAUUUUUAAUAGUAUGUCAUAUUUUGGGGAGGAAAGGCAUUAUAAAGGGUCACUUCACCCUAAUACACACAACUUAAUCUGGUUUGUGGUUUUUACAUUUGAGAAACUUGAUAAAACACAGACCUAAUUGGGAAAAUGAUCAGCUGUCCAUCUCCAAGCAGAAGAUAACAGUUCACAACAAGGUAAAUGCUAAUAUAUAUAUAUUUUUGGACAGAUGUAAUUUUGCUGAGUUUUAAAAAAAACUACUUAGACCUCUGCAAAAAAAGAGUUGAUCUCCUUUGAUUUGUAUUUGGAUGAAUCACAGCCAGUAUCUUUACACUUCUGAAGCUUUCUGGAUAGUUAAAUAACACUCAAAAAAACAAGUUUUACUGUGUCUGUGGGUGUUGAAACAGAAAGCAUAAUCAGCACAACUUCACUCUUGACUCCAAAAAGAAGCCUCCACCUUGACCAGAUCUUUUCUCCCCAAGACCUCGAGGGACAAACAGGCCUCAACAGGCAAAAUCACAUCCUCAAGGUCUUCCCUCCUGACCAAAGACAUUCCCUCCCAAAACAUGAAAUUCAAUGUUUGCUGGCAAAUGUGUGGAAUUCCACAGUCCAUCGACAGUUUUGUAAGGACCAUAAGUCCUUCCUUGUUGAUUAAGGCUCACAGCGGCUUUGCUUUAGUUACAAAAAGAAUAUGAACUGAGAGAUUUGGAGAGGAUAAGAACAUGUUUAAAGCAUUACCUCAUGUGUUGUCGAGGAAUGUACUUUUCAGGUGAAAAAUCCUUUGCCUUGGGCCAUAUUAUACAGCAGUGAGUGAAAAGGAGGAAUGGGGAGGGAGAAAGGAGCGCCACAGACCCCAAGCCCUUUAAUCAAAGUCUGCACGUACAUCUGACUGUACGUGCAGCUAUUUAAUCAGUUUGAUCAUUUCUGCAAAAUAACUUUUUAUUUCCUUUGCUAUUUCUGCAUGAUUUUUUUUUUUCUCCCUUGGACGUGCUUGCAUUCACAUGCACACUCCACACAUACUCGAUCUCUUUCUACACACACACACACACACACACACAUGCACAUACACUUACACACUUGUACAAAUAGCUCAAACACCUGCCUGUGGAGCUCCCUGUCUUCUUGCUGAGGUAAUGUAGGAGGGAAAAAAAGCAUUCCUCAGCCCUUUCUUCUUCUCUCCUCCCCUCACAGCAUUUCAUGUCUUUUCAGAAGUAAACUCACUCUUUCUGUAUUAUCGGCGUCAUGCAGCGUACAGUAUAAGCACCGAGUUGCCUUUGCUGGAUACUUCUCAGACUGCCGUCGGAUGUGUUCUUGGAUGACACAACUUCUGUACAAAAACAUCUGGUGUCAAAGAAAUGUGCCAGGACAUUCAAAUGUGAGCCCAGCUGUAAAUAUCCAGUUGCAGCUUCAUUUUAGUGGCUUUACCUGAACUGUCAAUUCAUCAGGCUCUGUUUAAAUGAGCCAGCACUUUGCUUUCCAAACUAGAAAAGACUUAACAGAUGAGGACUGGUUCCCUGGUGAUGCAUGAGGGUCCAGUAGCUACCUUGCCUGUUCAGCAGCAGCCUUACAGGCAUACUUACCCCGAGGCUGUGGGUGACCUCCAAGGUCAAGUUCCCCUUCUGACUCAAACCUCCAACAACAAACUGAAAACCAUGUCUGAACCUGCUCCUCUGCUACACUGUACUCCGGAUUCCAUGGCCAGUCAUGUUCAAAGCUUUACAGGGAAGGAGCUGCAGAUGGCCAACAGCUCCCCCUGUGAUCUAACUAAGCCUGACUCAAAGCAGAAUGGACACUGUGAUUGCAGCUGCAGUUCAGACACGGCUCCUGGAACAGGUGGAGAUAGGGAGGUGUCAAGCCUGGAUUGUAGAGCAGCUGUUCAUAUUAACUCUCAGAUGGAGGCAGAAAAAUUGAAACAUUGUGAAGCUACGUUACCUCAGCAGAAAGAAGGAAGCCCCUCAGAGGCCUCCUCUCCUGAGGAAUUUCUUUCUGCCUUUUCACCAGGCCUGGAUAACAGUUGUGGUAACCAUCUGUCACCAUCUGUGAGUGCACCAGAGGACUGUUCACUGGAUCUGCUAAGAAUAAUAAAGCACAAGCCGAGCGCCAUUGUAUUCUGUGAUCAUGACUGUAGUGCUGACAACCAGGUGAUCUUCCCCAUUGAGAGCUCUGACGGCGGGGAGUCUUCUUCAUCCACCAACGAAGCAGGAGAGGGUGACGACGAUGAGGAAGACGACGACGAUUUUUCGGAGGCCUUACAAUAUAAGGAAUUCCUGGUCAGUCGUCGCCGUAGAAACUUGAGCAGGAACAGGAAGUGCUUGAGGAAGAGACAGGAUGCCCAGCCUAACAGCACUUCUGGCUGGCAAAAGCCCACCAACAGGGGCAAACCUGAGUUCACAGGUAGCCAGGAGGAAGAGGAUACACCACAGAACAAUGGAAAACAGGCUGCUGCGUGUGACUCCAUGACCCUGCUGAUGAAAAAGUUGGAUCAGCUCCAAGACGAGAUCCAGGAAGUCCAAAGCGCUAACCCCUCUCACUCAGACGUGACCAAAGCUGACCAGGAGCAACAGAGCACGAUGGGUUCUCCAGCUACGUGCAGGAAGGUGAGCCGAGCCCUGAGUCAGGAUCAGGGACCCUCCAGAUCUCCAGACAAACCUGAGCCACUGACCAGGCGCCGCUCGCGCCCUUUGACCCGCAGCAGACCGCUGACCCGCUCAUCCCUGUCGUCCCCUACACAUCUCCAUGCUCGACGGGCAAGGGCUGCGGCAAAGAUGACCAGCGGAUCUGCAGAGUGUGUCCCUUUUGACUGACAUGCACAGGCGUCAUGGCGACUGUAGUUAAGUGCAACCCACGGAGAUGUCUUGGCGACAGGGUCACAUUUGCUGCACUGCGGGAUUGUUUAUUUUU